UCUAUCAAGUCGUUAGUGAUUGGUGACUUCAAUUGCUUCACAAUGGUUUCUUCGACUAGUCUCAUCGUCUUGACGACAGCGCUCGCCCUGGGCGUCGCAAAUGGGGCAGUGGUGCCAGUUCCAGCCCAACCAGCGGUGCUCGCCAGGCUCGAGGACUUCGACGCAGCUCCACAAUACAGCUUCGCAUACGACGUUCAAGACGCCCUGACCGGGGACUCCAAGGCUCAAUAUGAGACCCGAAAUGGUGACAUAGUGCAAGGUAGUUACAGCCUCAUCGAGGCGGAUGGCACCAGAAGAAUCGUCGAUUACACUGCUGAUCCUGUCAAUGGAUUCAAUGCUGUUGUCAAUCGAGAGCCAGCUGUUGCCGUUGCCAGCGCGGCCACAGCCGUCCUACCCGCAGCCCCUGUCGUCAGCAGUCCAGCAGUCGUCGCGAAGAGUGUCGUUCCAGGGAGUCCAGUGGUUGCGGCUCCAGCGGUAGCGAGGACUGUUUUCCCUAGUGUACCCGUUGCUGCUUCAGCACCCAUUGUAGCUGGCCCAGUUGUUGCACCUGGUGCAGCUCCAGUCGUUGUGCAAAAUCUUGGGUACACGCUACCUCGCGCCGUGGCGAGCAGAUUCUCCGCUCCGAUUUACUCCGCUGCGUUGAAUUACCCUGUGCAUGCUACGACGAUCCUGUAGAAUUUUACAUGAUGGGAAAAAUCGAGGAUUCCUCUUGUUUUCUAUUGAUUGUUAUCUUUACAGUUGCGUCGAUUGUUAUCGACAGCGAAAAUAUAUUGUUUUUAUGAAUAAAAUCUAGUUGUCA